CUCCUCUUUCGCUGCUUCGGCCUCUUGUUUUAUUUUUAGAAUUUAAAAUUAGAUUUUAAACUAAAAUAUCUAAUACAUCUUUUUUCCAAAAAAAUCCCAGCCUCUCUUCGGCCAUCAGCCGGAUGGCCGGCUUCCACAGACUGCUCCGCGCGAGGCUCGCGUCUGCUGCCGGGCUCCGGGAAACCGCCCGGAAGGACGCCGCUCGUGUCCCUGGCGGUGACCAGACCGCGUGGGUCCGUACUCUGAGGACCGCGGGGUGGGGGGCGUCGGCGUGCUCGACCUCGUUCCCAGCGUGGGGAGGGUGGGGUGGCCGCGGCGGGAGGGCAACGCUUCGCUCCUCUCCUUUGGGGAGGAUCCCCCGGGGUACGCCGCGGCGAGAGGGCUGGCGGCGACCCGUCGCAGCCAUCUCAGCCAUGCUUCCCUUUGUCGUCGCGGCCACUGCCGUCGCCGCUCUGGCGAACCCGUCGACCUUCUCCUGGGUUUCAAAAGAAUAUUAUGCUCCUUCCCUUGGAGGGAUCAUGCUAUCAAUUGGCAUCAGGCUAUCCUUUGAUGAUUUUGCCCUUGCCUUUCGAAGACCUUUACCACUAUCUGUUGGAUAUAUUGCACAAUAUGUGCUUAAGCCACUAUUGGGCCUGUUGAUUGCAAGGUUAUUUAGAAUGCCUUCAAUGUUCUUCGCUGGUUUUCUUCUUACUUCUUGUGUUGCGGGUGCACAGCUCUCAAGUUAUGCUAGUUUCUUGAGCAAAGGAGAUGUUGCUUUGAGUAUUCUACUAACCAGCUCAACGACAAUCUCUUCAGUUCUUGUCACACCUCUACUUACUGGUCUUCUGAUUGGCUCAGUGGUCCCUGUCGAUGGAGUAGCAAUGUCCAAGUCUAUUUUGCAGGUGGUGCUUCUUCCUGUAGCAUUGUCUUUUCUCAACACUUACGCAAAAGCUGUGGUGAAUGUUGUACAACCAAUAAUGCCCUUUGUUGCUAUGAUCUGUACGUCACUGUGUAUUGGAAGCCCUCUUGCUAUUAACCAGAACCAGAUACUAUCCUCAGGGGGUCUCCUGUUGCUUUUUCCCAUAUUAACAUUUCAUCUUGUUGCCUUCAUAUUGGGCUACUGGUUUCCCAAAUUGCCACUUCUGAGGCAAGAGGAGCCAGUUUGUAGGACAAUUUCACUUUGCACGGGGAUGCAGAGCUCUACCCUAGCUGGGCUUCUAGCUACACAGUUUCUGGGAAGCAGCCAAGCAGUUCCUGCAGCACUAUCGGUUGUUGUGAUGGCCAUUAUGGGUUUAUGUCUUGCAUCCUUCUGGGGUAAUGGAUCACGGAUCAGAGACAUUGGCCUAGCCCAACCGGGCUUUAGAUAAAAUAGAGAUUUAUAUUAAAUUAUUUGUAAGUAGGGCUACAAACAGGUUGGAUCGGAGUUACCAAAAAAAAGAAUAGGUUGGGUCAGACCGAGGCAUGCUUGACCCUAAACCGACCCGUGUCAAGUUCAGGUUUGGAUGUUGGACUUUGAUCCAACCCAAUAGAUGAUUGGGUCAGAUCAGGUCCAAAAAAAUAAAAUAUAUAGACCUACUGGGUCAUUCAGGCCGGGUAGGUGUCAUGAAUGAUAUCGUCUGAAGGUUUGGGUCUAUAUUUAUUUA